CUGGCUGCUAAAAAACACUUUUGAGCCGGGCCAUUGCUGUGCAUGAGCAGUGCGGAAUAGUAAUUUACAACGACAACAAGUACUAUUUAUAUCUUAAAAAAACCACGCGAAAAAUCUGCAAUGGGUAAUGGUACAGUAAUUAUUUCUUUGUUAGUAUUGACUGUGGGUGUUCCUCUCGGUUUGUUGAAAAUUUCUGGUAUAUUCAACAUUCCUCCUAUCCCAAAAUUCGAAGACACUUGGUGGGGCCCAGGGGGCAAAGGUGUAGACGAUGUCACGAUAAGACCUUUCAAAAUCGCCGUUCCUGAUGAGGUCAUUCUAGAUCUCAAAACCAGGCUGAAAAACACCAGAACACCGAUUCCACCUUUGGAAGGUGCUAAACAUACUUACGGUAUUUCAUCAACCGUCACGAAAUCAGUGCUGGACUUUUGGCUGAACAAGUACGAUUGGAAGAAGAGGGAGCAAUUCCUCAACCAAUACCCACAGUUCAAGACCAAGAUACAAGGCCUUGACAUCCAUUUCCUGCACGUGAAACCGAAGAAGAUUGAGGGACUCAGAGUUUUUCCGCUAUUGCUCAUCCACGGCUGGCCCGGCUCGGUCAGGGAAUUUUAUGAAAUCAUCCCCCUUCUGACAACACCUCAAAAGGAUCGUCAAUUCGUGUAUGAAGUUAUCGUUCCUUCAUUACCAGGUUAUGGUUUUUCCGAGGCAGCAGUACGCCCAGGCCUAGGAUCUGCACAAAUGGCCGUUAUAUUCAAGAACUUGAUGAACAGACUGAACAUACAGAAAUACUACGUUCAAGGGGGGGAUUGGGGGUCGAUGAUUGCGAACUAUAUGGCUGUUUUAUACCCUCAACAAGUCAUCGGAAUGCACUCGAACUUAUGCUUCAGCGAUAUGCCCAUAACGACUCUGAAGAAGAUCGUUUACGCUUUGAAGCCUUCACUGAUCGUGGACAAAAAGUAUGAACACCUUGUAUAUCCGAUGUCGAGUGUGUUCGCCACUAUGAUUUUGGAGUCUGGGUAUUUACAUCUACAGGCUACCAAACCAGAUACUGUAGGUACAGCCUUAAACGACUCCCCAGUAGGCCUGGCUGCUUAUAUACUGGAAAAGUUUAUAACUUGGACAAAUCCCAGCUUUAAAGAACGCGAGGACGGGGGUUUGACUGAAAAAUAUAAAAUGGAGGAUCUUCUGGAUAAUGUAAUGAUAUAUUGGGUAACUGGUACAAUAACGUCAUCCAUGAGGUUAUACUCAGAAUCUUUCAAUAGUGCCCACUACAGUUUGCACCUUUCUAAAAUACCUGUGACUGUACCAUCUGGAUGUUCGAGAUUUGCACACGACAUAUUGUACUCACCUACCGCCCUGUUGGAGGAUAAAUUUCCCAAUUUAUUACACGUGACUGAUCACGACGCAGGGCAUUUCGCAGCUUUCGAAGUACCAGAAGUACUAGCCAAGGAUAUUUACGAUUUCACUGAGAAAGUUCUAACCGCAUCAUCGCCGAAAAAAUAAUGCAGUUUUUAUCUCUGGAUGUAAUGGGAAAUAGUGUACGAUCAUUUCGAUGAAUACUUCAGGGGAAUUCGAACCGAAUAUAUGUUUAAGCCCACCUAACCAGUUUUCUAAAUUCAUAACGUCCCCCUUCGAAGUGAUUGUAUCGACCUAACCAAAUUAAACCAAACAGAACCGCAAACAAACCGAACUCCCAUAGGGGUAGUAUCGUGAGAGCUUGUACCUCUGCAGAGCUACCAGUUUUUCGGAAAAAAAUCAUGCCUUCUAGGUUUAAGUCCUUCCGAAACUACUGGAUAUACCAAAGUAAAAACGGAAUAUCCCAAUACAAUCAUUCCGGAGGUGGACACAGAGGGUUAGCUCUGUGCAAGUUAAUUUUUCGAUUGAUUCGCUAUAGUUUUGUAGUUCGAAUUCUAAGUGUUUCACAUUGAUAAAAGGACAGUAUUUCAUACUUCACUACCUCGGAAUGAGAAUACAAUAUUGUCCCAAUGGGUUAGUUUCACAAAAUCAAUAAAAAGAAUUUCCUCCAAA